AUGAGUACUUCGCAUGAUCAACGCUGGAAUCCGGCCGGUAGUUACGGAUCACUGGAUAAUCUGGCUCGAAGCACAAUGUCUCUCGAUGUUCCCGAGGCACGAAGUUGCCGUGAGGCACGGGAACAAAGUAGAAAAGAAAUGCACGCAUUGAAUGAAAAAUUGGCUUCACAAUUGGAAAAGGGUCAAGCAGCUGGUAGCGAUUCUGCAACCUGUAAGAGCACAAAGCGCAUAUCACACAUUGAAAGCUUCCUACAACUGGGUGGCUAA